ACAAUCACCCCCUCCAAAAUAAUCUCUCUCUCUCUCACAAGAAAGAGAAAUAAAACGUAUUUGUGAGAGAAGAGGGGGAAAUAAGAAAAAAAAUAAAAUGGGGUACGAAGGUAAAGGGAGAGCUGAAGAAGAAGAAGAAGGAGUUAUGGCUACAGAUUUCUUCUGGUCGUAUACAGAUGAACCACACGCUUCCCGCAGAAGACAGAUUCUCUCUCAGUAUCCUCAAAUCAAACACCUCUUUGGCCCCGAUCCAUUUGCUUUCCUCAAGAUUGCUGCGGUGGUGUCGCUUCAACUAUGGACCGCGACAUUCCUCUGCAACUCCGAUUGGUUAAAGAUACUAAUCGUGGCGUAUUUCUUCGGCUCGUUUCUCAAUCAUAAUCUCUUCUUAGCUAUACACGAGCUCAGUCACAACCUAGCCUUCUCAACUCCAGUCUACAAUAGAUGGCUAGGUAUCUUCGCUAACCUCCCCAUCGGUGUACCGAUGUCCGUCACUUUCCAAAAGUACCACCUCGAGCACCACCGCUACCAAGGAGUCGACGGAGUUGACAUGGACAUCCCGAGUCAGACAGAAGCCAACCUCGUCAAAAAUGUAGUGUCGAAGUCGAUAUGGGUCCUACUCCAGCUCUUCUUUUACGCACUACGCCCCCUCUUUCUCAAACCGAAACCCCCUGGUUUGUGGGAGUUCACUAAUCUGAUUAUCCAGGUGGCACUUGAUGCUGCCAUGGUGUACUUUUGGGGGUGGAAAUCUUUGGGCUAUUUGAUUCUUUCCACCUUUGUCGGUGGUGGAAUGCACCCCAUGGCGGGCCAUUUUAUCUCGGAGCACUAUGUGUUUAACUCGGAUCAAGAAACGUAUUCUUACUACGGACCUUUGAAUAUGAUGACGUGGAGCGUGGGGUACCAUAACGAGCACCAUGAUUUUCCGAGAAUACCCGGUAGCAAGCUUUACAAGGUGAAGGAGAUUGCACCCGAGUAUUACAACCAUUUGGAUUCGUAUAAAUCAUGGAGCCAGGUUAUCUAUAUGUAUAUUAUGGACAGGACUGUGGGCCCCUUUAGCAGGAUGAAGAGAAACAUAUCGGUAAAGUCAGUGAAAAAGUCUGAAUAGGUGUGAGUUCUCUGAUUAUUACUCUGUUCCUCGGUUUUUUUACUGGUGUAGUACGAGAGAUAGUCAUUUUUUUGUUUGAUUCGCAUUGUUAUUUUUGUAUCGGAGGAUUAGUUUGUUCAUUAUGCUAUGGAUCGGUGAUUCAUUAGUUGUUGUUUAGCCAGUUACAAAAGCUGUGAUUGUUUUAUAUUUUUGUUGGGAAGAAUAGAAAGAAUCACACUG